AACAAAUCUCAAUCAACUUGCAUUUUCAAUGCAGCUUGAGUUUAUAAAUUGUGUACCAUGUAUAUAAGUUGUGCAAGGCACAUGCUUCACUCAAUUCAGGUACUUUUUCAUGCAUCAAUCGCUGAAUUUUCACAUAUCAGGUAAGAUACGUGCAAAAGAUCAUUCUUGAGAUAGCGUAUACAUUAUUUGGUUGCCUUUAGAACUUAGUCUUAAUAUACAUCUACAUGCACGCGCGCACACACUAAUAUAACCUAUCUUUCCAGCAUCCUGUUCGAAUUAAGCCUUAAAGUAAAUAACUUGACCAAACUCUGACUUAGAAAUUGUUAUUGCACCUGCUUAUGGGUGGGGGAUAGGACAUCAGUCCUUGACACUAUUUUUGACAGUGGCAUGGCUGUCCACUCACAUCCUCCAAGGAAGAAGUUUCAUUUUUCUUUCAUUGAACCAAUUGGAAAGGUUUGCGAGGAAAUCGCAACAAAAAGAAAGCCAAGAAUCUAAGUUCUAUUCACAUAUACAUACAUACAUAAAUUAAUGCAUUUCUAUAUUUUCUUUUUCAUUGAUAUUGCUAAAAUGGUUUACUUUUGUACAUGCACAAGUGAAGUACACAAAAUUGGAUGCGUAUUGUGUUUUCAUUUUCUUAUAUGUAUGAUUCUGGUAUUUAUUUGUAGUCUCACAGCUGCCAGAUGAUGUUGGAGCCUCACCAAUUGAUAUUGCAAGGGCUUAUAUGGUAAACCGAAUAUCAGAAGCAGGCUUUGGCUCUAAGAGUUUAAAUACAAAAGAUGAAGGGGCAUUAAUUCAUGACAAUUUGACUGCAUUAAAGCCAUUUUCGCCAUCUCCUUCACCCAAGUCAUCCACAUGCUGGCCAGGUGCCAUGGUACAGUAUCAGCGUGGGUUUAUGACUCCUCAAGGUCAAAGAGAGAGAUUUGGGCCUUGCAUUUUCCCCCGACCUCCUUAUUCUAGAACUAGUUAUUCAAAGUCUAAGUCCCAGUUGCUUCAUUUACAAGGUGAUAAUGAUAGGCACGUGAACAUGACAUCAUCUGCCUUUCAGCAGUCUCAAACUCCCGUUAUGGACAGGAUGCCAUCAUGUUAAUCUGUUAUCUAGGACAAGAGAGAAAUAAAAUUUAUGGACAGGUAAAUUUUCCACGUGUGCAGGUUUGUGUAUUUGUGUGGAAACACUCUGUGAUUUGUUUCAAUUGGAUGUCAUCAUGUUCGUUUGUUUUCUUGGACAAGAAAAAUUAAAUUUUUUGGCAUAUUGGUGAACUUGCAGUGGGGCGGGGGAAUAUGUUUUUAAGCUAAAAAAAAAAAAAAUAUUGCACUUAACAAUUUUGUUUUGCCCUGGUUGGGACUUUAACACUCCAGUGGAAUUUUAGGUGCAUUGGCUGCUUGAAAAUGAACUUCUGGGCCUACGGUGAAUCUUUUUUGCCCUGUCAUAGAAAUUUUCUGAGUGACUCUGUGUUGCUGCUGUCCUUAUAGAACUAGCAUCUUUAUCAAUAAACUUUCUGGUAUUGUUCUCAACUUCAUUCCUUGAGCAUGCAGGUGAAUUCAAGGGGCAAAGCAGUGUAUGAUGGACAUGGAUCUGUUGGACCCAUUCAAAGGACUAGGAUACAGCGUAAAUUUGUUGCAGAAUCUCCUUCUAGAGGAUCUGCUAAUUAUCAUUCAACUUUAGACAGUUCUCAGGUGGAAAACUUGAAAGCUUUUGAAGGAUUAUUUUCUGGUGAAAAGUAGAAUAU